UGGGGCUCAGACGUCAUGUGGCCUGUGUUUUGGACCGUGGUGCGUACUUAUGCUCCCUAUGUCACAUUUCCUGUGGCCUUCGUGGUCGGGGCUUUGGGCUACCACCUGGAAUGGUUCAUCCGGGGGAAAGAUCCCCAGCCCGUGGAGGAGGAGAAGAGCAUCUCAGAGCGUCGGGAGGACCGAAAGUUGGAUGAGCUGCUAGGCAAGGACCACACCCAGGUGUUGAGCCUUAAGGACAAGCUGGAAUUUGCCCCUAAAGCUGUCCUGAACAGAAACCGCCCGGAGAAGAAUUAGUAGAGGACACAGGGCCAUAUGGGUCCUUCCAUAGGCUGUGACUGGUCCUGCCACCAUGUUGACCCAGCUCCAGAAUCCACAUCUGAUUUGCGUUGUUGCUUAUUCUGGCCCCUCGGGCACCACCCAGCCACACACAUACUGGGUGCUCUUCUACAGCCAGGCACACGGACACACUAGAAGCUGAGGGGCCAGUGAAGAGGGUGCUCUUCUACAGUCA